AACCGCCUGCAGAUUAUCCUCAAAUUGAACGUUCUCUCUCAAAAUGGCAACUGCUGUGGUGACUGGUGCAACUGGCAUCUUGGGAAAAGAAAUAGUCAGAGAGUUGAGUGAGGACUCGAAUCGAUGGAGGAAAGUCUAUGCUCUGUCAAGGUCAAAGGCGGAUCAAUAUCCUGAGCAUGUCGAACACGCCCAUCUCGACUUGACUAGCUCAGCAAGAGAUAUGGCGAAAGAGCUUCAGCACAUAGAUCCAGAGUAUAUCUUCUUCUCCGCUUAUCUCGCAAAUGAGGAUCCUGAUGAGGCGACUCGCAUCAACGGAGAGAUGCUUGAAAAUUUCCUUGAGUCCUUUGUGAUCAAUCGCAAAGAACGUAGGUUGAAGCGUAUUGUUCUUGUCUGUGGCCUGAAACAUUAUGGAGUGCACCUCGGAAAUCCAAAGCAACCCAUGGAAGAGGAUGAUCCAUGGAUUCCCGAGCCUCCUGCGCCGAGCAAUUUCUACUACCGUCAACAGCGCUCUUUACAGAAGUUCUGCACCCGACAUGAAAUCCCGUGGAAUGUUACAUAUUCGAAUGAGGUGUUGGGGUAUGCGAAGGGCAACUUCAUGAACCUGGCCACGACUAUCGCGCUAUACGCCGCCGUACAUGCAGAGAUAGGCGAGACAUUGCCAUUUCCUGGCCCAGAGGUUGGCUACACUUCGUUCGACUGCUUCACAUCUUCGAGGUUGCAUGCGCAAUUCUGUAACUGGGUGGUUCAUGAACCUCGUGCCAGGAACCAAGCAUUCAAUACUGUUAACGGAGACAUUGAAUCUUGGCAAAACCUUUGGCCCAAAUUCGCCGAGUACUUUGGGUUGCGUGUUCCUGCAGAUCAAUUCUCCGGUUCUGCCCCGGAUCAGUCCGACAAACCGAUGGGCGAUCAGGCUCCCAUCACCUUUGUUGCAGCGAAAAUGGGACUCAAUGCCAAGGAAAUCAAACCCAACAAACUCAGGCAGCGGAUUGACCUAAAGCGCUGGAGCCAGAGACCCGAAGUACAAGACACUUGGAAGAAUCUUGCUAGUCGUCAUGGUCUGGAUGAAGACGCAUUGGACAGAGCUACCUGGGACUUUGCUGCGUUUGUUCUUGGAAGAGAUUUUGGACUUGUCGCGAACAUGAACAAGGCCAGGGCACUGGGAUGGACAGGUUACAAAGACUCGUGGGAAAAUUUCCAGGAAGUGUUCGCUGAGUUGGCAGAAGGAAAGGUUAUUCCUCCUAGGACUUGAACAGUAGGCCUCAGGUUGUUGUUGCAUUCAAUGGCGCGACUGGAC